AUCAGUAUGGGGAAGUUCUUGCUGCUGUAUUUCAUCUUGGUAUUUAUACAAUCUACAGAGGCAGGGCAGUUUUACUACUGUCCUCAGGUAGAUGUCACAGAGGGCCCUCUCCGUUUCACCAGAGAAUUAGGCAACUUAGACUAUUCAUGCACUGAUAACAACAAGCGUCUCUACUGCUGUGCCGCUGGCUUCCAAACACUACACUGGUUCAAGAUGGAGAAUGAAAAGUGGAUUUCAUUUCCGCCACCAGACCAGACAGGGACAUGUGAUGUUGGUUGUCCAUAUCAGCUUCUACGAAGUAAUACCACGUUAGCCAUGAAACCUCCACUCCAAUAUCGCAGCGGCAGGUAUAAGUGCGUAAUAAGUGAUGAUGCAGGUGACCAGAAGCAACACGAGAUAGAGCUGAAAGUAGUAGAAUGUGGAAACUGGAACAAACCGCCCGCUCAGAUGCAACCUCCCAAACAGAGGCUGACAGAUGGAGUGCUGGUACAUAAAAGGAAACAUGGGCAGCAUGUUUCCUUCAUAUGUGAAGGAUUCUUUGGAGACCCAUUAGGAAUGUUUAAUGACAUUCGCUGGCAACGUAAAAACAAAACUAGUGGGCAUAUCCGUGAAGUAACGGCUUGGGGGCCUAGGUACAGUGUAACUGAAACAAAAAGAGAGGAAGAUAAUAUUCUACUGGCCAAUUUUACCAUCAGUGACAUAGAGGAGGGGGAUUAUGAUGACUACAUGUGCAGAAUGUCUAAUGGCAUUGGUAGGGGUACAGAGGUCAAAGCGAGGCUGGAAUACGGAGAGGAGAAUCCCCAAAUGCCAUUUCCCAUAUGGAUAUGCAUAGUGCCUGCCACAACACUGGUCCUACUGCUUAUUAUUGUGUCAUUGAUAUGGGUCAAAUAUAAUCUAGAGUUUAGACUGUGUUACAGGUCCAUUAAGAUAAGGGUGCUCAAGGAAAAGGAUGCAGAUGCUGAUAGGCAUGAUGAUAUCUAUAUUUGUACCUGCCCUGAUUCAACCAAUGAGAGACAAUUUGCUGAAACCAUUUUAAAGGAAAAGCUUGAGAAAGAAGGGUACAGUGUAAGACUGGACCAGGAUGUGUUAGGAUUUCAGUCUGAAAACAGAGAAUUCACCAAAGCUUUUGAUGAGUGUCGACGUUAUGUCAUCCUCAUUUCUCCAGAACUUCUCAAUCCAGUUCCUGAUUAUUUUGAUUUCUUCAUUGAUAAUGCUUUGAACCAGCAUACCAGAAUAAUAUUUGUCAUCUUUGGGGAAAUAAAUAUUGAUGAUUGGAACAGGUUUGCAGAGACUCAAAUAAAAAACUGCAAAAACCCACAACUGUUGCCAAAAGUAUUGAAAAUGCCAUUUUUAAAUUGCCUCCAGUAUUACCCUGAUGCAGAGAGGGAAGAAAGACCAAAAAGUAGAUGGCGCUACAUAUGCAAGAAAAGCAAAAGACAAAAAAAUGAGAGGUUCUGGAAAAAACUGCAAUUAUGUCUACCACCUCCAUCUGAAAAAAAGGAUCCUAGUGGCCAUGAUGUUGUAGAUGGCAGGAGAAAAGAUUUGAGCAGUGAGUCCACAGAGAGGCCAUUACUAGAAGAGGAUCGCCCUGAUCCAGUUCCAGUUGAUGUAGGACAAACCAGAAUUGAAGUCAUUCUUGACGAUGAAGCAGAGGAUGACGUAUUCAAUGAGGCAUCAGAUCAGAACGCAGUUGCAAGCAAUACUGGUGCCCUUGGUAACCACCAAGGUCAAGGUCACAUGUUUCAGAAUCAGUUUUCAAAAGAAAGUGCUUAUUUCAGUGGAAGUGGAAGCUUCCAAGCAAAUAGUUCUGAAUUUCCUCAGAAAAGUCCAGUGCAGCCUAUGGAUGCUGUGGGCAGUGCCCUGGUGGAAUGGUAAAGAACUGGUAGAUUUUGAGUAUUUUGCCUGAGGGGGGUUGGGUCUUGAGGGUUUGGAAAAAAUUUUGGCUUGCUUCAUUCAAGAAAUAUUAUGCAGUAGACAUGGAGAAGUUUUAAGCAAUAUUUAGAGCACAGGGAUAUGAAAAAAUUCCUACUAGUAGGCUUUGCUUGUUUUACUUUUGACAAAAGUUUUUUUAUUGUCAAAAGAUGGGGUAAUGGACAGAUCAUUUCAAUGGGCAAAAAUUAUCAAUCCUUAAGAUACAUAAUUUUGAAGUCGUGAAAAUUAUAUUUCUAAAUUGUGAUUGUGAUGCUUUUAAUGCCCAGAAUAAAACUAUAAGGUGCCCUAUUUUUCAAAUUUGUUGCUACCACUCAAUUGGAAUGUACUUGUUUUAAGAAUUUAUAACUUCAAAAAUACAGUAUCAGUAAAAUUCACAACUUCCAAUGAAAAGAUUGAGCCAUUACCGCAAUCAUUUUUUAUUGAUCUUUUGUAUAUAUUUUAAUUCUAUUAGCAAAACAAUCCAUUUUAUUAUAAUAAAAGCCUUUUGCGCAAAUGGUGCAUAUCAACUAAGUUAUUAAAGAUAUAUUCUUUAUAAGGAAGUUUAAACAAAAAAAACAUUAUAAAGCAAUAUUUUAACAUUACUGAUCUUGUAGUUUUUUUUUUUUUUGUUUUUU